GUUUAUGCGUGGGGGAAGUAAAUCCUGACUUUUAUCUUCUCCCUCCAAACACAAAUUUCACAGAGCUGAAGCUACCAAAUAAAGCUUCAUUGUUUUAAAUCUGUGAAUUCGGAGCCGAGAUUGAAUGAAUGGCUCUGUUGAGAGCUUCUUCUUCAUCUUCAAUGCUCAGAAAAUCCAUUCUACUCAUGGCCAAUCGCUGUUUUCUCACCCAAUGUCACGCUAGCGCCCCGUUUCUCUCUUCCUCUUCGUCUACUUCUCCUCCAUCACUUCUACUAACCAAAUUCAGGAGAAAUGGUAGCUUGAGACGGCAUCUGAAUAGGAAUUUACUUAGUUGUGUUCGAUGGACUAAAUCAUUUAUGUCAUCAAGACUUGUUAUGGAAGCUCUUCAAGAAAGAAGUGCUUCAAAUGACUAUGGGUCUGAACAGAUUCAGGUGUUGCAAGGUUUAGAUCCCGUACGAAAAAGGCCUGGAAUGUAUAUCGGCAGCACUGGAACUCGUGGCUUGCAUCAUCUGGUAUAUGAAAUAUUGGAUAAUGCUGUAGACGAAGCUCAAGCAGGCUGUGCUUCAAGAAUAGAAGUCGUCCUGCAUCUCGACAAUUCAGUGAGCAUCACUGACAACGGUCGCGGGAUUCCAACUGACUUGCAUCCAACGACCAAAAAAUCUGCUCUGGAGACUGUUUUGACGGUUCUGCAUGCAGGUGGCAAGUUUGGAGGCACAAGUAGUGGGUAUACUGUCUCAGGUGGAUUGCAUGGUGUAGGCCUUUCUGUUGUUAACGCACUGUCGGAGGAGUUAGAGGUAGUUGUCUGGCGUGAUGGUAUGGAACACAAACAGAAGUAUUCCCGUGGGAAGCCUACAACAGAUUUGAUUUUUCAUGAGUUAUCAGCUGAGCAGAAAGAACGUCGAGGGACAUCCAUACGAUUUUGGCCUGAUAAAGAAGUGUUCACAACUGAAAUAGAGUUUGACUACAAUACUCUGGCUGGACGAAUUAGGGAGCUUGCAUUUCUUAACCCUGAGCUAACUAUUGCCCUAAAGGAAGAGGAUAUAGACACAGAAAAGAACCAAUGCAGUGAGUACUAUUAUGCUGGAGGUUUGGUUGAGUACGUGAAAUGGUUGAAUGCAGAUAAGACACCUUUGCACGAUGUGGUGGCCUUCAGAAGAGAAGUAGAUGGCAUAUUGAUUGAUGCAGCUCUUCAGUGGUGUUCAGAUGCCUACUCAGAUACAAUGCUUGGAUAUGCUAAUAGCAUACGAACAAUCGAUGGUGGCACUCAUAUAGAUGGUCUAAAAGCCUCAUUAACAAGAACACUCAACAGCCUUGCGAAAAAGUCAAAGACAUAUAAAGAAAAGGAUAUUAGCUUAAGUGGUGAGCAUGUGAGAGAGGGAUUGACUUGUGUGAUUUCAGUCAAAGUAUCAAAUCCUGAAUUUGAAGGACAGACUAAGACAAGGUUGGGAAAUCCAGAGGUACGAAAGGCUGUUGAACAAAUUAUUCAAGAGUAUCUUACUGAAUACUUGGAGUUGCAUCCUGGGGUACUUGAUUCAAUUCUCUCCAAGUCUCUUAAUGCCUUGAAGGCAGCCCUUGCAGCCAAGAGGGCCAGGGAGUUGGUAAGACAAAAAAGUGUCUUAAAGUCAUCAUCUCUUCCAGGGAAGCUUGCUGAUUGUUCUUCAACAGAUCCAGAGGAAUCUGAGAUAUUUAUUGUGGAAGGGGAUUCGGCCGGUGGAAGUGCUAAACAAGGCCGUGAUCGGCGGUUUCAGGCGAUUCUUCCUUUACGAGGUAAAAUUUUGAAUGUUGAAAGGAAGGACGAGGCUUCCAUGUACAAAAAUGAAGAGAUCCAGAAUCUCAUUCUUGCCCUAGGACUUGGGGUGAAGGGAGAGGAUUUUAAAAAGGAAGCUCUGCGUUAUCAUAAAAUUAUCAUUUUGACUGAUGCUGAUGUGGAUGGCGCUCAUAUUCGCACCCUGUUAUUGACUUUUUUCUUUCGAUAUCAGAGGGCUUUGUUUGAUGAGGGGUGCAUUUAUGUGGGUGUUCCUCCUCUAUAUAAGGUUGAACGGGGAAAACAAUCGCACUACUGCUUUGAUGAUGCAGAGCUUAAGAAACUCCAGGGUUCUUUCCCCUCAAAUGCAUCAUAUAACAUCCAGAGAUUUAAAGGAUUAGGAGAGAUGAUGCCUGCUCAGUUAUGGGAAACAACCUUGAACCCAGAGACUAGGCUGUUGAAGCAACUUGUGGUUGGAGAUGCUGCUGAGGCAAAUGUUGUUUUUUCCUCAUUAAUGGGUACUCGGGUUGAUUAUCGGAAGGAACUAAUACGAAAUUCUGCUAGCAAGAUCAGCUUUGACCAGCUUGACAUUUAGACCAGUUCAAUUAGAAACACACUUUUUGGUGAGAAACUGAGAAGUGAAAAACUAGGAGGACAAGCAUUAUUGGAAUUCCUUGCAAAACCCCACUACUUACCAAGGGUCUGCUUCAAGUUGGCAUCAGUGGUUGGGUGAGUGAGGGUUACAUUUAUUUAUAAGAACAUGUGAUGCAUUGCAAGAGGUUUGUUCAUUUUAACAUAAACUUUGAUGUGGGGUUUUUGUAUUGGUUUUCUUUCCUUUGUUUGAAUAUCAUCCACAAAGUUUUUGUUUUAUAAAAAAAAGUAUGUUUCGUCAAACUAGACAAUACAUAAUACUCUAUAUAAAAAAUAGGACUUAAUGUA